AUGAUAUUCGAAUAUAUCCCUUACGAAAAAUUUGUAUCGAAUGCAUUUUUCCUUUGCUUAUUAUAUUGGAUAGUUGCUUUUUUUUUAUAUUUAAUUAGAUUAUUCGAUGAACAAGGAUUUGGUAAAGCAACAGCAUAUGGUAAAUUAGCAACACCAGCAAAUCCACAAAAUAAAGAAAAGGAAAAGGAAAAAGAAAAAGGAAAAGAAUCAACAAAUUUUUUCAAUAAAAAAGUUAUAGUUACCAAAAACGCAUGGACAAUUUUCUAUCUUACAUUAUCAGUAUUAUCAGCAGUUUAUUUGGUUUUAUUAUGUAAAAUUGAAGAUAAUUUAUAUAAUCAAAAAAUUUUAUAUGUUUUAUUUAUUAUUCAAGGUUUAAGAAGAUGUUAUGAAACAGUUAAAAUUCAAAGUCAUAGAUACUCAGAGAUGAGUCUUUUCUUAUUUGCUUCAGGUAUUUCAUAUUAUGUAUUUUUAGCAAGCUCAAUCUAUUUCGAAACUUUAUUCAAAGAAAUGAAUGGUACAAUCCUCGAACAAACAAAUAGUUUAGAAAAGAAAAAUAUCAUCAAAAUUAUCAUCUCGGUAGCCUUGUUCACCGUUAAUUCAUACGAACAAUUUCAAUCACACAAGAUUUUAGCAUCAUUAAGAGCAACCGAUAAAAAGGAUGAAUCAUCUACAACUCCACAAUAUAGAAUCCCAUAUGGCAGAUUAUUUAACAGAUGUUCAUCACCACAUUAUUUCUGUGAAAUCUUAAUUUAUCUUUCAUUUUUACUUUUAACCUAUUUUAAUUAUUAUACAUUACUUUUAUGUUUUGUUUUUACUUUUGUAAAUUUAUUCCACAGAGCCAGCGAAACCCACGAUUGGUAUAUCACCAAAUUUAGAGAAUAUCCAAAACAAAGAAAAAUUAUGAUCCCAAAUUUUAUUUAA